AUGGCAACAAUCCGACCCCGAACCGAUCACGAUAUUCCAGCAUGUCUUCAAGUGCUUAAUGUCGUCUAUAAAGAUAGCGGGUAUCCCGUACAGGGAGUUGGUGAUUCGGCACAGUUCUUCAACAAAUAUGAGACUACUUGGGUUGCCGAGAUUGACGGGACUGUCGUGGGACAUAUCGCCCUCGCAGAAGGUGCCGCAGGGAACGUUGCAGUGGACUUGUGGCAGAAUCAACAUCCUGAAGAUAUCCACGUUGCAGUUAUCGGAAGACUUUUCGUUCACCCUGAUUAUCGUAAGGGCGGCACAGCCAGCAAGCUCAUUAGCACCGCUGUAGAGGAAGCACGGGGGAGGGGACAGCGGCUGCUUAUGUUUGCUUUGAUCAAAGAUCAGAAUGCUAUUCGCUUGUAUCGGAAGCUGGGCUGGCAGUAUUUCGGCAACACUGUGUAUAGAUGGGAGGAGGGUAAUGAGAUGGACGCGGAGUGCUUUGCAAGCCCAAUGGCGUGA